AAGCUAUAAUGAAAAAAUUCGAAGAAUUAGAUCGGAUCAGAGAAGAAAUGGGCAUUACAAAACAUACCGAAUCGAAUUCUGAAGUUGACUCUCCUAUUAAACAAUCUAAUUUACAAGAAACUGAAGGUUUAACACAGGAGCAACUUGAAGAGGUUUUCAAAAGAACUUCAAGUUUUACAGUCAAAUCUGCUACCUUUGCUCCAAAUCUUGACGAAGUAGAUGAUUUGGAUUUUUGGAGGAUCGAAAUGGAGGACGGCAAUACUGCUGAAUAUGAAGAGGAAGACGAGUAUAUGACUGUUGACAAUGACUUCUGGGAUGAAGAAUUCGGUGAAAGAAAACGCAGGAAAAGUGAUAAGUCUGGUUCAAGUCGACGGUCUGGUUUAGACAGAGAAACUUUAUUACAACGGUAUAAAAUUAUGCAAGUUAGACUUCAAGAUAGAAAUGGUCUUCCAACGUAUAUGAGAAUCCCUCCGUUACCAAUACCACGUUCUUGGGCACUUACAAUAUCUCCUCCAUCGGUUGAGUUUGUCACUCCAGUCAUUGCAAUUUAUAUUGAUCCUCCACUCCUCCUGCCAGGUGAAGCUCCAUCUCCAGGAAAGAUUUCUGUUCAGCAAUUUAAAGAAUUUAUUCCAGAUAUUGUUCAAAUAGCUGAAAAAUGGCGUUUCCGUUAUGAUGGUGAUAUUGAAUUACGUCAUCAAAGGAAUCCUGAUUGUGUAUUCGAUUUUAUAAAGCCUCGUGCUCCAGUUAUGUAUGAAAUUAUAGAGACUUUACUACCACAAGCUGUAUUUAGUGAGCAAAAUAAUAAAGGUGAUAAACUUUUAGAGUUGUAG